CUUGUCCCCGCCACGAUUCAUCCUUCGAAGUUCAGUAAGGUACCUAUCGAAGCAUAACUGCUCUGUGAUGGAAUGACCACGAUACCGCCCGUCCUGCACCGCAGCGCGCGAGCAAUCACCCCAAAUGAGUUCCUCGAAGCCCUUCAGGCGACAUGUGUCCCCCGUUUCCCUCAAUCGCGGGGGCGCACUCACCGACCAAUUGCCCUCGCCGUCAGUGGCGGUGUCGACUCGAUGGCCUUAGCCUAUCUCUGUACCAAGAUUCGACAAACGGACGAGUGGUUCAAGGUAGCCGACCACCCGGUGAGCAAUCCAUUCGGCCUCAUCGUCGACCAUGGCCUGCGCGAAGGCAGCGCUGAGGAGGCGAACAAUGUCGCCGUUGCGCUUCAGCAGCUCCGCGUCAGGCCCUAUGUUCUGAAGGCCCGUUGGAACGAUGUCAUCGCAAAAGACGCCAAUCCUAACAAUUUGCCCAAUGUCGAGACCGUCGCGCGUUACCUCAGGUAUCGCAGACUGGGCGCCUUCUGCAGGGGCCACCUGGUCGCCGCCCUACUUACCGCCCACCACGAGGACGACCAGUACGAGACAGUCAUGAUGAGGCUGCUCUCAGGCCAUGGCUACCGCGGCUUGCAGGGCAUGCGGCCUGCAACCGACAUCCCGGAGUGCUACGACCUGCACGGUGUCUACCAGAGCGGCUUCGUCGACGACCAGAGGCGCGGCAAUCCUCUUUACAACCUAACCCCAACCCACAAAGACCGGGGCUGGUUGAAAAGGGGUCUCAGGAAUGAAGUUGAUCCGGCCAUCCUCGCUCGAGAAGUCGAAGCAGGCUUGAGGCCAGACCUCAUCACCGCCACCUAUCUAGAUGACUACGACGGUAUCGUCAAGGGGAGCAAGCGUGCGCCUCGUUUGGCUCCACUGGAAUUAGAGGACGGCGGCGUCAUGGUCUACCGCCCGCUCCUUCGCUUCCCCAAAGACCGGCUCAUCGCAACUUGCCUCGAGAACGGCAUCCCCUGGUUUGAGGACCACACCAAUGCCGACCAGACGCUGACCAUGAGGAAUGCGGUUCGAUAUAUGCACAAGAACCACACGCUACCUGUUGCGCUGCAGAAACCCUCCAUCCUCCGUCUUUCUGAGCGCUGCCGGGCGAAAGUGGCUUCCGCCGAGGCCGAGGCCGACAGACUCCUCAGCCAAGUCUUGAUUCAUGAAUUCGGCCCAAACACCGGCACCGUGGUGGUCACGCUACCGCAUUUCUCUCUGCCAACCGCGUCCCGAAAGUCCGCAUCAUCCCCGGCUAGCCGCCAACGACGAAUCGACCAUUACAGGCACAUCGCUGCCCUCGUGCUCCGCAAACUCCUCUCCAUGGUAACCCCUGAGCGCGAACUCAGCCAGCCUUCCCAACUAGCCCAUCUCGUCUCAAUGCUCUUCCCCUCCCUCCCCUCCCCGCUCACCACUCCGCCACCACCACCCAAACCCUACGUGGUCUGCGGCGUCCACUUCACUCCGCUCUUGAGCUCGGACUACCACCCCAUCCGCUGGUUCCUCUCGCGCGCCCCGCACGUCUCCAGCGUGCCCCGCCCCUCCCUCAGCUUUUCAGGCGUGCCUUUCACAAAGCGCUUCAACAAACCACCAAGCGCUUGGAAGACGCUGGGAUGGACCGACACCGAGCUGUUUGAUGGCCGCUACUGGGUCCGCCUUCUGCACCGCCUGCCGUGCCAUGUGCGCGUCGCGCCGUUCGAGGCCGAGCACUACAAGCCGUUCCGCGAGACUCUCGCCGAGGAUGAUGAUGAGGGGUACAGGAAGGACAAGGAGCUCGCGGCAAUUUUGAGGAGGUAUGCACCGGGGAAGACACGGUAUACCCUGCCGGCGAUUUAUUCGACGGUCAAUGUGAGUGGGUUAUUGCGUAGGGGGAAAUGGUGGCCAAAGGAGUUGGAGGUUUUGCCGCUGGCUCACGACAAGGCUCAGGCUGCGGCUGGUGGUGGUGGCGUUAGUGAGACGAGGCAGCAUGAGGAGAUGGCCGAGAUCGAGGUCAUCGAUCUGAUUAGGAAAAAGGGGUUGGGUGGCCUCGCUGCGGCUCGGAUGGAGUGGGAACAGAUACUAAAGGAAUGUGACAAGCCGCAGCUGCUUGCGCUGCCGACGCUGGGCAUUGGUCUGCCCGGGCUGGAAGAAUGGUUACGCUGGGAGGUGCGGUACCGUAAGGUAGAUGUCGAGUUGCUGAGGCUGAGCAAGUUUGGCGGGCGGCGGAUUGGGAGAAGGGAGUUGAGGAGGAGAGUAAGGUGGUUUUACCGUUGGACGAGACGGGAGAGGAAAGGCGUUGCAGGGAUGGGGAGAUAGCUUCCAGGUCGCUGGACUCGAAAGCAAAUAUGCUCGCCCGUCAUGAAACGCUUCGCUUUCAGCUUAAGCAGACCAUGGACGUCCUACAAACCGGUGGCUCGAUAAUUUAUGUACUUCAGCCUCCCAGCACAGCUACACAUCGCUCCCUCCCGCCGUCAACUCAUGUUCUCUUUCUAAGUCCGCCCACCUUCCUCUCCGCAUCGGAUCUAACUGCUUCAGCUUGGCCAGCCACUCCACCAGAUCCG